AUAUAAUAAAAGCAUGAGAGAGAGAGAGAGAGAGCUUAUUUUGAUCUCUCCAUUAGUUUCUAUAAGUUUUUUGGGUUUUCAGAUGUUGAAGUUAUUUAGGAUUCAUCAGGUGUUCCUCAGUUUCAUCUGCAUUGUCUCUCUAUUCCUUGUCCUUCUCACAGCUCAAAAUUAAGGUGCAGAUGGCUGCUGCUGAGCUUGUCAACUCUGCAACAAGUGAUAAACUGCCUGAAGUUGAUUGGGCUAAGAAUAUCGAAAUAUGUGAAUUAGUAGCUCGUGAUCAGAGACAAGCUAGAGAUGUUGUUAAAGCUAUUAAAAAACGCUUGGGGAGUAAGAAUUCUACUGCUCAACUAUAUGCAGUGAUGUUGUUGGAGAUGCUGAUGAACAAUAAUGGAGAACCUGUUCAUAAGGAGGUGAUUGAUACAGGGGUUUUGCCUAUUCUUGUGAAGAUAGUAAAGAAAAAGACAGAUUUGCCUAUACGAGAGAGAAUAUUUCUUCUUCUAGAUGCCACACAGACAUCUCUUGGCAGUGCUUCUGGAAAGUUCCCUCAGUACUAUUCUGCAUAUUAUGAUUUAGUGAGUGCAGGAGUACAAUUUCCCCAAAGGCCUCCUGAAACAAAAACAAAUAAUUCCACUUCACAAGCAAAGACAAGAAGUACACUUAAUGGUGAACUUGCUGCCUCUAGACAGGAAGUGGUUGCUCAGAAAGCCGAGCCUCCAGUUGUUCCAGAAUCUAGUAUUAUUCAGAAGGCUAAUAAUGCACUAGAGGUUUUGAAAGAAGUCCUUGAUGCUGUUGAUUCUCAAAAUCCUCAGGGAGGAGCAAAGGAUGAGUUUACUCUUGAUCUUGUGGAACAGUGUUCAUUCCAAAAGCAGAAAGUUAUGCAUCUCGUGAUGACUUCUCGGGAUGAGAAGGUAGUUUCUCGUGCAAUUGAAUUGAAUGAACAGCUCCAAAAACUUCUCGCACAACAUGAUGCCCUUGUAUCUGGUAGGUCUAUGGUUUCAGAUAGAUCUGCAUUUUCAGGGCAUACUACUUCAGCUGCAGAUCAUUUUAACCAUUAUGAAGAGGAUGAGGAAGAGGAAGCUGAACAGCUUUUUCGAAGGUUACGAAAAGGAAAGGCUUGUGCAAAGCCUGAAGAUGAAGGGAACUUGGAAGAGCGCAUCCCUAUGGGCAUGCUUGGUUCGUCUAUUUUUGGGGACAGGUUGAACCGUCCCCUUAUUCGGCCACUUCACUCAGACCAGUCGCAUGAGCCUAGUGCAAAUACUUCACCAGUCGCAAUUCCACCUCCCCCUGCAAAACACAUAGAGAGGGAGAGAUUCUUUCAGGAAAAGAAAGUUGAUGGUUCUGCUGUUUCUGGCCACAUGAGGGGUCUCUCAUUACACAGUCGCAAUGGCAGCAGUUCUCACAGUGGAAGCUUAGAUUUUAGCGACUGACAUACACUAAAGAGAUAGUUUUCUUCAAAGCCUCAUUUUGGUUUGUAUUUAAUUAGUUAUCUUUUUUUUUUUUUUUUUUCUGGUUUGUUAUAUUCUGUUAUCGUGGGUGGUUGGUCUUAUAUGGAUAGUUGGAUGUUACCGGAUAGAAGAAGGUUAUAGCUGCAGAACUUGGCAUGAUGCUGUUGUAAGAUCGCUUUUUAAUUAAAGUUUUACUUCUGAGGAGUUCUAACUUCAGUUUGCACUUUUAAGCAAAUUGUAACUUUGUAUUGGAGCUGUGAAAAGAAUAUUGUUUUUACA